CCAACAAAAUGGCGGACGAUUUGAAGAAGGGAGAGAGUGAAAAACCAGCCGAGGAAGAAAGACCAACAAUGACAGAGGAAGUUCUGGACGAAUCAGGAAAGGUAGAAGCCUGCAUGCCUCACAGUAAUGCUAUGGCAGGUGUCAGGAAGUUUAAGUCCCACCCAACACUAGAGAGAACCCUGCAGCAUCUCCAGUUCCGUAACCCCGGGCCCAUGCUGCAGGAUUUUGACCCUGAGAAGAGUGAGCGUGAGAAGCGUAAGCUAACACGGAUGGUCCAGCAACAGAAACAGAAGGCAAAAUCUUCACAGAGAGACAAGCACAAGAAGAGGUACGUGUAUGACGAGGCGGGAGUCCUGAUCUCGGACGGCAGGGACCUGUGUGACUGUUUGGAGCAGGACUGUCCGGGGUGUCACUACCCCUGCCCCAAGUGUGGCUCCGAGAAGUGUGGGGCAGAGUGCAGGUGUAACAGGAAGUGGCACUACGAGUGGAUUGAGAGUGAAUGCAGACAGACCAGAAGAACAUUCAAACAAGUCUAGUUUUAAAAGAGCAAGAACUUUAAAUAAGAUACUCCUUCUUACUAAGGCCACACCAAUUUGAUUUGUUGGUUCUCAG